CUUGUCUUUCUCUUCUCCAUCGCUCUCUCUCUCCAUCUCUCCACCCUCUCUCUCUCUCUCUCUCUCUUUGUCUCUCAAACACCCACUGGGCAUCACGACCCCGCGAUGCAGCCAAACCAGUGGCAGCAACAACAGUUCGGCUACGGCGCCGGCGGUGCCUCGGGCGGCUUCGGUUAUGGCGGACAACGCCCCAUGGGCGCCCAGCCGACUGGCUUUCCCGGCCAGCAGAUGCCCAUGCAGACGGGCAUGCCCGGCAUGGGGGGAAUGGGGGGGAUGGGAGGCAUGAGUGGAAUGGGCGGCAUGGUCAGCGGGGGCAUGCCCAGUGGGGGCGCCGGCUCCGCUGGUGCUGGCGGAAACGCUGGUGCUUCUGGCGCUCCCAACUACUCUUUCCUCUCUGCUCCUCCUCCUCCAGGCUCGUUUGGCCAGCGCGGCAGCUUUGGCAACCAGUCAGGCCUUAUGUCCCAACCCACCGGAUUUCCCGGAGGCGGCGCAAGCGGCCUCAUGUCUCAGCCUACCGGUCUCCCAGGCGGCGGUGGGGGCGGCCUCAUGUCCCAACAAACGGGCAUGCCCAUGAUGGGACAGCCGACCGGCCUCGGCGCAAACCUCAUGAGCCAGCCCACCGGCAUGGGGGGUCUCCGUGCCCAGCCCACUGGAAUGCACGACCCCCGUCUCGGCGCCAUGAUGCAGAGUUUCAUGCCUAGCAACAUGUCACAGCCCUUUUCCGCCUCUGGAGCUCCCCAGUUCAACCAGGCGGCGGGCCAGCCGCUCCAGCAGACUUUCCAGUCGCUCCUCCAGAACCCAUCCGUCAAGACGCCCAAGGUUCCCUGGACCCUCUCGCGCCAGGAGAAGAAAGACUAUGAUCAGAUCUUCCGGGCGUGGGACACGCGCGGCGAUGGCUUCAUUACCGGCGAGAUGGCGCGCGAGGUCUUUGGUCAGUCAGGUCUGUCCCAGGACGACCUCAUGAAGAUCUGGAACCUCUCCGACGUCGACAACCGGGGCAAGCUCAACCUCCCCGAGUUCCACGUCGCCAUGGGCCUCAUCUACCGCGCCCUCAACGGCAACGACAUUCCCGACAAAUUGCCCGAAGAGCUCGUGCCUGCGUCGAUGCGCGACAUUGACUCCACGGUCAACUUUAUGAAGGACUUGCUCAAGCAUGAGUCGAGCACGCGCUCGGACACAUCGUCGCCCGUCGGGUACGGCGUGCACACGCCGGCGUCGGUGGCCUCGUCCAAGGACGCCAAGGUGUACAAGCACGACGACAGCCGCAAGGCGGGCUACAAGUCGUCGGCGCGCCACCUCGACCGCAAGACCGUGCGGUAUGCGGGCGAGGACUCGGGUGCUGAGAUUUCCGAUCUCCGCCGCCAGCUGGAAAGCGCCAGCGGUAUGCUUGACAGCAAUACGGCAGAGAAUGCUCGCAAGACUGAAGAAGACGAGGCACUCGAGCAGGAGGUCGACGAUAUCAAGUAUCGCGUCAAGCGUAUCAAGGAGGAUAUUGAAUACGUGUCCAAGGGCCGUCGUAGUGCCGACAAGGACGAAGAGCGCCGCAAGCUUGAGCGCGAGUUGCUUUUCCUCAUGCACGAGAAGCUCCCCGAGCUCGAGCGCCGCCAGGAGCGCCGCGCCGAGGAGAAGCGCAUGGAGGAGCGCGCGGGCAUUCGUGCACGCGACCGCCGAAAUGACACCAUGGGACGAUUCAACGAGCGCGACCGCGACCAUGACUGGCUCCGGGGCUCGUAUGAGCGUGACCGCAGCCGAGACCGCGACUACGGGCGUCGCCCGAGUGUAUCCGGUCGGGACCGCUACGACGACCGCGAUAGGUACGACCGCGACCGGUACGAUGACCGCGACCGUGACCGCGACCGCUUCGACGACCGAGACCGCGAGUAUGGUCGCCGCGGCAGCGUCUCAAACCGCGACCGCGAGCGAUAUGACGACCGCGACCGUGAGCGUGAUCGUGACCGCGACCGUGAGCGCUACGACCGCGACGUUCGUGCGCCAUCACCGCGCCCAUCUGCACCGAAGGAGGAGCCCGCUCCCCCGCCCGCCAAGAAGGAACCGCCGAAGCCUGCGACAAAGUCGCUCGCGAGCAUGACGCCCGAGGAGCGCAAGGCUUACCUCAAGGAGCAGGCCCAGCGCAAGAUCCAGGAGCGGAUGCGCGCGCUUGGCGUAGAGACGCCGUCGACGACCCCCGAGCCGGCUGUCGACACGUCGGUCGAGGACCGCCUCGCCCAGGAGCGCCGGGAAGCUGAGGAGCGCGCGCGGGCUGCCGAUGAGGAGCAGAAGGCGCGCGAAGAGGCUCGGGCAGCCCGCAUCGCAUCGGCGCGAGGCGACGCUCCCGCCCCGCCAUCGCCCGCGCCGAAGAAGGAGGCGCACAAGCCUCCCCCUGCCCCGCCUGCCAGGAAGGGCCCGCCGCCCCCUGCGCCGGCAUCUCGCGAAAAGGUGGCCCCUCCUGCCCCUUCCCCACGCCAUGCGCCUGCUCCCCCCGCUCCCCCGGCGCCUGCAGCUCGUGCGCCCCCAGCCGAGGAUCCAGAGGAGGCGGAGCUGCGUGCACAGGAGGAGGCGCGUUCGAAGGCGAUCCAGGAGCGCCGUGAGCGACUGAAGCGUCUGCAAGAGGAGGAGGAGGAGGAGCGGCGCAAGGAGGAGGAACUCAUGGCUGCUCGCAAGGCGCGGUCGGCAGCAGCCGCAACGCCAAUGUCGCCGCCAAAGAUCGUAACAUCCCCAGUACGGCCAUCGCCCCCAGCCCUCAACGAGCCGCCCAAGUCGCCCUCGGGCUCGUGCAACCCAUUCCACCGACAGCAGCCAGGUGCUUCCCCGGCGGCGCGUUCGCCCACCGCCCCCAGCUUCAACCCCUUCUUCCGCCCUCCCCAGGCCGCCGGCGCAGCGGCAACCCCUCCUGCUACUCGGGAGGCACCCGCUGCCCCUGCUCCCCCUCGUGCCCCGAGUCCUCCUCCGGCAGCAGCCGCGCCUGCGCCUCCCCCUCCCCCGCCCGCGCCGCCUGCUCCUCCCACCCCUGUGCGCCAGCAGCCAGUACGCACCAACUCUGCGCCGCCCCCCGACGACGACUGGGAGGAUGCGCGUGAGCGAGAGAUCGAGGAGUCGGACAGCAGCGACGACGAGUACGCACACUCGCGCUCGUCGCGCAACAAGCUCGCUUCGGCUCUCUUUGGCAACAUUAUGUCCGCGAACCCGACCGGCUCGCGCCCUGGUUCUGCCGGCGCAGUUCCAUCGGGCGGCACCCCUCCUCCGCCAGCACCCCCGGCCGCGCCCAAGGCCGCGCUCGCCAACCUCGGCGGCGGCAGUGUCGGUGGCGGAGGCUUGAGCGCCCUUCUUUCCAGCAUCCAGGGCGGCGCGCGCCUGCGUAAGACGGAGACGGUCGACCGCUCUGGUCCCGCGGCUGGCGGACGAGUGAUUGGCGACGCCGCCCCUCCCGACCACAUCAACGCGCGCCCCGUGACCCCGCCGUCGCCUCCUAGAGCACAUGAGCACUUCUCCACCCCACCCGAGGACGACUUUGUGCCGCGCCACGACAACCGCACCUCGGUUGACUGGUACUCGGGCAUUGCGGGCGAGGCAAGCCACCCAGCCGCGCAGCAGGCCGAGAACGCCAUGCCGCCGACGCAGGAGGAGGACGAGCCGCCGGCGCAGCAGAUGGCCGCCGCGUCUAUGGACGGGCCAAGCCUCGACGACGUCGACCUGAACCGCACGCUGCAUGUGCGCACGCUGUUCGACUAUGUAUCGACGUUCGACGGUGAUCUUCCCUUCGCGGAGAACACGGUGCUCGAGGCGCACCCCGCGCGCGACCCUGCUGGGCCAUGGUGGUACGGCACGUUGCCGGACGGACGGGCGGGCUGGUUCCCGAGCUCCUACGUCGUCGAGUCGGUCGUCCAACCCUGCCGCGCCCUCUACGACUACCAGGCGACGUCGCGCGACGAGCUCUCCUUCUCCGAGGGCCAGUCGCUACCGGUUGUUGACAAGAGCGAUGCCGACUGGUGGAAGGUCGAGAAGGACGGCGCUAUCCUCCUUGUCCCUGCGGCGUAUGUGGAAGUCAUCGGCCGCGUCGCGAACGGUACUGACCGCAACACUGACAAGGAGGGGCUGGUGAGGCCCGAGGCGGCCCGUGCAGAGACGCCUAUCACGGCGCCUCGUGUUCCAAAGGAAAAGCAACAUGAGUCGCCGCGCGCCCCCCCUCCGAGCGAGCCCUCUCCGACCUUCACUUCGCCCAUACCAACAGUCGACGUCUCCGAGCCCGACACUCGUCGCAGAGCCCCGCCUCCUCCGGCGGACGCGUCGAAGCGCAGCUCGUUGAUGAUCCCGAGCCAAACGGCCUCUGCAAACCGUUCCCGCGCAACCAGCAUUUCCACACUGCGAAGCAUGGACGACGGCGCCGAAACCGACAGCGACGACUCGGUUCUUUCGUGGUGGUCUGACGACGAGUCACCGACAUCGCCGACGACGUCGCCAAGUCCCCGUCCCUCCAAGGAGGAGGAGAAGAAGGAGGAGCGCCAGCGCCGCGAGAACGAACGUCAAAAAGUGCUCGCUGCUGCAGGUCUCAAGAUUCGGCGCGAGCCGCCCAGCAUCCCGGGCUCCACUAAACUCGGACGAGCGCCGAGCGGACGCAGACGCGCGCCGCCUCCGCCCAAACCCCGCCCGCAGUCAGGCGAGCGCGACCUACCCGCUGUACCUGACGAACCCGCUGCUACGCCCAUCGCCUCGCCCGCCGUCGACGUCGACGACGCGUACGCGCGCUACGAAGCGUUCAUGGCCGAGGCGAAGUCGCGGCCCCCGCCGACGGUGUCCGUCCCCGAACCUCGGCGCGCGAGCGUCGCGUCCGAGCGCCCGACGUCCAUGAUCUCGGUCGCUGAGACGACCAGCUCGACCGGCACCGCAGGCCUCAAGGAGGCCGCGAAUGCGGCGAGCCACCGCCUCAGCGGUUUCCUUAGCGGCUUCACGGGCUUUGGUAAGGCGGCACCGGCUGAGCGGCCAAAACCCGUUAUCUCGGGCCCUAUGGGCGGCGGGGUGAUGGGCGAGAAGCGUAUCUCGGGGCCCAUUAGCCCAAUCUCAGGUCCCAUUUCCAUCUCCGGCCCCAUCUCCGGCCCCAUCUCCGGCCCCGUCACAUCGCCGACCGACGACGCGCCCGCCGAAGCGCCAGGCUUCGGAAAGACAUGGUCCUCGCUCGUCGACCCCUCCGUCCUCUCCACCAUGUCCGACACAGAGCGUAAGCGACAAGAGGCCAUAUUCGAGUUCAUCUCGACCGAGGGCAGCUACGUGCGCGACCUGCAGCUGAUCGUGGGCGUGUUCUACGCCCGCCUCAUGUCCUACCUCCCUGACAAAGCGUUGCGCGUCAUCUUCGCCAACGUCGAGGACAUCAUGAUGCUCAACUCGUUCUUCUUCAGCUCGCUCGAGGAGCGCCAGAAAGAGUGCAGGCUCUACAUUGACACAAUAGGCGACGUGCUCGCCGAGCACGCCCAAAACCUCGACGUGUACGCGCCCUACUGUGUGAACCAGGACACGGCGGCCAAACUGCUCCUCCAGAUGCGGCAGGAGGACCCCGAGCUGGAGAGGAUACUGGGCGAGAUUCGGGCAGAUCCGAGCGUCCGCGGGCUCGAUCUGAGCCAUUUCCUGCUCGAGCCGAUGCAACGCGUUACGCGCUACCCGCUCCUACUGCGCCAAAUCGCAAAGUACACGUCUCCCGACCAGGACUUGGCAGAUGUCAACAAGGCGCUCAGCCUCGCAGAGACGACAGUCGCGCGCAUCAACGAGGGUGUGCGCGAAGCUGAGUCACGCGAGCGCCUGCGUGCGCUCUCCGAGGGGAUGUGGAUUGGCGGCGAGGGACGUAUCGACCUCACAGAGCCGACGGUGUAUCUCGGCGAACGGAAGCUGCUGAAAGAGGGCGCAGUGGUCAAGGCCAAGUCUGGGCGCAGGCUGUGGAUGGUGUUGUGCAACGACAUCGUGAUUCUCAUGGAGGAUAAGAACCUCUAUCGGAUGCCGGUGCCCGUGCACAACCUCGACCUGCUGCAAGGCAAGGACGAUGUGUCGUUCGCCCUCGUGAUUCCCCGCGGGCAAGGCGCGGACACGGUACGCAUCAAGGCGCCGUCGAACAAAGAGCGUGUGGAGUGGAUCAGAGCGCUCUCGAAAGCGAAGAACGACGCCGCGGACGCGCGCCGCUCCGCGGCCCUCAACGGGUCAGACAGAGACAGAGCGCGGUCACGCCCAACGCAUACCCGCGCCCACUCGAGAACGCACAGCGCCAUCAGCGUCGCAUCGGACGGGCUGUACGGCGGGGGGCUGUACAAUGACGUCUCUAACGGUCGGCGGGGUGACCACUACAAUACGUCGCGAGACGCAUACGACGGCGCGACUUCGUACGAGAGCAAUGGGUGGAACAGCCGUGCCGCGUACGAAGCGACACUGUCCCCGCCCGUUCCACGCCGCCCCGAACCGGUCUCGCCCAUGUCUCCGCCCCUCCCGCUUCGCCCGUCCCCGCCUCUUCCACCCCGUCCGCAGUCGCGGCCUGAGGCACACGGCGAAGGGCAGGAGGUGUUCGACUACUCGGGGCACAAGUCGAGCAUGUACGACCAUGAGUUUUGAUUUCAGAGCGAAUUAGCAUGCGAAGCAAGUGGAAGAGAUACAGAAGAAUACCAUGCAUCUAUCCCAGGCCGCCUCGGGUCCAC